CACCUCGGCGGGAGGGCGGCCCGUCUCGGGCACCUGCCGUCGCCCCUCCACGGGCAGAUCGGCGGCUGCGGGACACCGGCGCCCAGAGACAGCAGCACGCGAGGACAGGCCUGGGGCUCGGCGGACCUCCUCACGACUGGCCCUGUCCUUUCGCCACCGCGGCCCCGGCUGCGCUCGCGGGAAACUUUGCCCGCGAAGUCCUCUGCCCUCCUGGCCAAGCCUUGACAGUUCACCUAACGCCCCCCGGGGCCCCACAGAGCGCGCGUGAUUGCCACGCCGCCCCGCACGGUGCAUCCGCGGCGCCGGGCCGCCAGGAUGCGCUACGCAGACCCCUCAGCCAACCGGGAUUUGUUGGGAAAUCGAACUUUGCUCUUCAUUUUUAUCUGCGCCUUCGCCUUGGUGACCUUGCUGCAGCAGAUCCUGUACAGCAGGAGCUACAUCAAGAGAGGCUUCCAAUUUGAUUGGCAGAGAGGCGACCAGCAGGCCAAUUGGACUGGGCUCUUUAAUGACAGCAACAGCUCAACAGAGCCGAACAUCAGUGACUUCAGAUCCAGGUACUUUGAAUUUUACAAGGGGCCUUUAGAAUUUAACUCCACGAGAUGCCUGGAGCUGAGGCAGGAGAUCCUGGACGUGAAGGUGCUGUCCAUGGUGAAGCAGUCUGAACUGUUCGACAGGUGGAAGCGCCUCCAGAUAUGCAACUGGGCAAUGGACACCUCCGAAGCCAACCUGUUCAAGUCCACCUUGUCCAGGUGCUGCAACGCCCCUGGCUUUCUCUUUACCACCCAGAAGAACACGCCAAUUGAGACGAAUCUCAGGUAUGAGGUGGUGUCCAGUGGCUUCUUCCACAUCAAUCAGGAGAUCUUCCAAAUGUUUCCCAAGGAAAUGCCCUACUACCGAUCUCAGUUUAAGAAGUGCGCCGUGGUAGGCAAUGGAGGCAUCUUGAAGAACAGCGGCUGCGGGAAGGAGAUCAACAGUGCCGACUUUGUCUUCCGGUGCAACCUGCCCCCCAUUUCAGGGGAGUACGCCACAGAUGUGGGGGAGAAGACAGAUGUAGUCACCGUGAACCCCAGCAUCAUCAUUGACAGGUUCCACAAGCUGGAGAAGUGGCGGAGGCCCUUCUUCAAGGUGCUGCAGAUGUACAAGAAUGCCUCGGUGCUGCUGCCCGCCUUCUACACCAUACGCAACACCCUCGUGUCCUUCCGUGUCAAGUACCUGCUGGAUGACUUCGGGUCCCCGCAGCAGGUCUACUUCUUCCACCCACUUUACCUGCUAAGCGUGUCACGCUAUUGGCUCAACCUGGGCGUGCGCGCAAAGCGCAUUAGCAGCGGCCUCAUCCUAGUCACUGCGGCGCUGGAGCUCUGUGAGGAGGUGCACCUGUUCGGCUUCUGGGCCUUCCCCAUGAACCCCUCGGGCUUUCACAUCAUGCACCACUACUACGACAACGUCAAGCCCAAACCCGGCUUCCACGCCAUGCCCUCUGAGAUCUUUGCCUUCCUCCACCUGCACAGCCGGGGCAUCCUCCAAGUACACACAGGCACCUGCAAUUAUGGCUGACAGAUGGGCCCACCGUGGGUGUCUCAGCUCCCAUCCACCUCUCUUCAGGGUUCCCUGGCCUUGCCAUUGUUGUUCCCUAAGGAUUUAGGGUUUGUCUUUGGGUCCUGGGGAGGGAGUCAGGGACAGAACCCAUGCAAUGUCAGCUCUGUCCUGAGCCUCCAUCCUGUGCCUCCAUUUAGCUCCCGGGCCACUCUCCAAGGUUGGGACCUCAUAAGCACACACCCACUCAGUUUCAGCUUCCCAGAGAACACAUUUGUGGUGGCUUGCUUGUAGCUAAGUCAGGCCCUGCUGAGAAUAGACUGGCAGGUGAGCCAUCCCCUUAACAGGAGAGAGCACAGUCCAGGUCUCGUUUGGACAUUUGGCUGCCCAAGUUGCAUACCAGGGACUCAGCCAUGAAUCACCAUCUAGAAUCUCAGGGCUCAGAGGCUAGCCCUUCUAGGGAACAAACAGUGGCCAAGUGUCCUGGUCUACCUGGCUGGACUCCAAAGGCUUCAGGGAUAGCUCAUCAAGGCCUGUGUUAGCAUCACCCCAAGACUCCAGUAGCUGAGAGCCAUCCCCCUCUUAAAAAUAGCCCUUGGACACACACAGCCUCGGUGCCUCUAGGUUCCAGCAUUUAACCUUUGACAAGAAGGAAAUAAACCAGACCAGCCAUUUGCACUAAGAUCUCCAAGCCAAUGUUAUCGACUCAAUAAGUGCUUAGCAAUUUGCUUCCUGUUCUGUCUCCCUAUUUUCAGCUCCAUUUUAAUCAGGAGUUAUUUAUAAAGAUCUGUUCCUCUCUAUGUCCCCAAAUGCUGCAGGAUCUUGUUAAACUGUGUUCCUGAAUAGGAAAGCGUCAGCUGGAAAGCUCCUUGUCACAUGAGCCUGGUGGAUGGCAGCUAGCUGGGACUUUGAUAUCAACGUCCCUGCUGUUUCUGUUCUUCAGACACAGGGAUUCACCAGGCCUGGGGUUAGGGGACCCAGCUGUUCCUAGGCUGAGAGGUUCACACGCCAUCGUAUCUGGAACUCCUUCCAUUGCUUCCUCCUGUGUGUUUCCAUCCCAUGGUCACUGCUGGUGGAUUAUUGCCUUGUGGAAUUGUGGAUUGUAUGGGGGAAGACUUUAGCCUGAAUGCCCUCCUUCUGUCUUUUUUCCUCUCCCUCCUCUUGCUGUCCCUCCCUUCCUUUCUUCCCUCCCUUCUUUAGAUAUUUCUAGAGAAGCCUGUUCUGAUCUGGUCCGUGUUUGGGUUGGGGACGAUGCCCUGACAGAGGUGUCACCUCUGUCUUCUGCAGAGGAGCAGACAGACCACAUUGACACUUCAGCCUGGCAUGCCACUUAGAGGAGCAGCUAUGAGAAAGUCACACACAGGCCCUCCACCGGACCUCACCUUGCAGGUGCCAGAACAGCCCUCGUUGAGGAGCGAGCUGGCCCCGAGGCUUCUGGCCCACUUGAGCUCCCUCCUCUGAUUAUUUUCUGAGUCUUCUUUCUCUGGACUCUGGCCUGUGGGUGCCUGGAGCUUAUUCCACACCCAGUUUCAACUGACUGUGAGGCCCCCAGGAGGACCCGAACCUUAGUCUGCAAGGAUGGAAGGUCCCGGAGCAGCUGCAGAAACACACAGGGCAGCACACAUGGAUAAACCAGAUAAAUCACGCAAGGACAGUCGUGCUCAUGACUUUCUGGGCUCUGGCUGUUUCUGCCAAGGAGGGAGUUCUAAGAAUGAUCUAAGUUAAGCGAGUCCACAGCUAACUGAAUCCAGUUCUUAAAACCAUGGAGUGUCAGGAUUAGAAGGUUUUAUAAAGACAGGUUUGUCCCACUGGUAAAGAAGUGACAUCAGCGGUCAGACUGUCUGCCAGGCACAAAGCCCUCUAUCUGGGGAAUAGGGGACUGCAGGUGGGCAGCAGCCUGGUCAGACAUCAGGGUCUCCCUUGCUGAGGUUGCUCAGAACCUGCCCCAGCUGGAGAUGGCUCAUCCAGAUCUCCCCAGGCCCGUGCAUGAGGGGGCUAGGGCAUCCUUCUGGCGUGUAGUGGUCCUCUGAAUUGCAAGGCAGAUCCCUCCUGUCCCUUAGGGUGUCAGUUUCCUAUCUCUUCAAUUAGAGGCUGAGAGAGGACUCGUGGGGUCUCUCCAGUGACUGCUCGGGGGCAUCCAGGAUGUGUGGAUCUAAGUAAGUGGCCCUUACUGUGAAAGCUGCUGUGUCGUCGCGCCUCCUGCGUAUCUCUGCACCGGCCAUUUCCCCCGUCUCAGUGUCCCACCAUCACUCCAAGACCCCUUCAGGUAAAGAGGCUGUUGUGGUACAGGUGAAGGGCUGAGACUCAGUGGCUCGGGCACUUGCUCGUGGCCAGGCCUCCAGGGAGGGGCAGGAGGGCUCUGCAGCUCUACAGACUGUACUCCAAACCAGGGCUGCUUGCCAGAGCCUCUUUCCAGGCCUGACCUCUAUAACAGUCUUUAUGCCUGGAGGAUAACUAAGGCUAGCUCUACAUUUGGAUCAAGGACAGAUGCCUGGAAAGGGGCGAUGUUAAAUAACAACACGAGUUGUUUUAUUUUAUUUUACUUAUUUAUUUAACUUGCCCCAGGGCACAUGGCAAGUUAGAGGCUCCCCUGAGCCUCACCCAGUCCCCUGACUUCCAGGCUACAUGCUUUCUGCCUUAGUCAGUGUGUGUAACAUUUAUCAAAGGUCCAGAGAGACCUGGACAUUGAGGCUGGGACCUCUCUGCCCCAUCCUGUCCCACAAUGCAGACCACCAGUUAAAUUCUGAUUUAAGGUCAUCAAUUCCCCACGAACCAUGUAGCUGUUCAGCUGUUGUGUCUUCCUCUGUGCUAAAUGCAGUUCCGGGCUUGAAAGAUAGCAAAACAGCAGCAGCACCACCACCAGCAGCAGCAGCAGCAGCAGCAGCAGCACCAGCAGCAAGUCGGUGACUCAGUGCUUAGGCAGGCAGAAGGGAGGAGGCUCAAGGUCAGGCUGGCUCCUGGAACCUUCUUAUACUGCUGUGACAAUAUCUCUGCCCAGACUCAGAGACGCAUAAACAACACUAGAUAUCACUGAGUCUGGGAAGGAAGCAGAGGCUGCAGGGCUUCCUAGCAACUCCAGCCAUGUAUUACUGUGCACUCAUUGUGCCAGGGGAUAUGCGAUGGUUGAAGAAGCCCUUCUGGCACUCACCAUCAUGUGGGUGCACUGAUGCUAAAAGAAACCCUUCUCAAACACUCACAGGAGCUCAAUGUGUAGAGGACUCUCAGGGCCGGGUUCCCAGUUAUCAGGGAGAGGAGAAGGGGAAGGAAGAGGAAGGACAGAAAGAUCAAACCUGAAUCCUGAAGGUUAGCAGCAAGCCUUUGCCAAAGAAGGCACUGUGCCUUUGGUCUCAUCCUUGACAGCCAUGUAAUAUUUGACAAGGUUGCCUCCAGGUCCUCAUGCUCUUUCCUGCUCUGUUUCUUCCUGAUACAGCCCAGCCUUGCAAUGUCUCUCUGCAUGUUCCCCAUCCCUCAUCCUCUAUGACACCUCCUGGGGCUUUCUUAACAGGAGCACCAGAAGCAUGUCCGCUGGGGCCUUCUGAGCAUCCGCCUCUGCAUGGUAUCUCGGACCUCAGCCUGUCUGUCCUCCACUGACACAGGUAGAAGAGUCUGCACUCAGAGACUCUUCCAUUGUUUAGUGGAUUUGUGACCUUGGGGAGUACCUGAAGCCUCUGGAGGCUCUGAUCCCACAUCUAAAACAGACAAGAACCUCAGGCCAUUGGUGUCUCCAGGAGUGAGUGACACAGUGUUGCACAAUGCUUGGCACAGUUACCAAAGUGCAGACACUGGGCAAGCGCAGGCUCUCUCUGCCCAGACAUCUUCCUUCUCCAUACUGCGUAUUGGUUCUCAAUUCCAGCACAAAUAUCCCUGGCGUUCAUUCCCUCCAUGUAUCUGCUUUUGUCACUGCUAUAAUUUGGGCUCUUUGGAGGGAUCCUCAUUUAUUCUAAGAAUUAGCAUCUCAAAAUACCUUUUGUGAGACCCAUUGCUGCUGGUACCACAUAGUCCAAGUUUUAGUUUUGUUUGUUUAUUUUCAGUCAAACCAUACAGGCCAUGCCACAAGCAGGCUCUCUUUCUUUCUAGAGAGCCUCCUGCCUCUGUGGGCCUGCCUUCUUCUGUUAGUCCUGUGCUUUUUGUGCAAGAGGCUAGAUGAUUGGAAUGGUCCCACUCCUCUGUCCCUCCCCUCUCUUCUUAUCUGGUCACUUCUAUAAAUUAUGACUCCUGCUACAUCCCCUCUGUGGAGUGGGUCACACACUCUCCCCUCUGUGCGUCUGUGACAACCAGCAUGGGGAUCUCCAUUAGUAUACCCCCAGAAUACGCAGUUAGGUGUUCCCAGACUCUCAGUAGAUGGUUUGUCUUUUCUCUGGGGGAAGGAUCGGAGCCCCUGGCACUGACAGAAAGUCACACAGUAAUGUUCAGAACAUCCAUGACUGGUGCCUGUAAUCCUGGGACCCGCAAUUGCAGUGUUCGGGAAUCAGAGGCAGGAUGACCAGGAGUCUAAGUCUAGUCUGGACUACAUAGCAAGUUCAAGGCCAGCCUGGGAUGUAGGGACCCUGUCUUAAAUUUUAAAAAUGAAUUUAAGCAAAACUCAAGUACAUUUGCACUGUGCUACUAACCUCUAGAUCUCUCAUCCUGCAAAAUGAAAACUCGGACCCUGUGGCAUGCUAAUGGUCCCCACUUCCUGCCCCCCCCCCGCUCUGAAUUUGGCUGCUCUGAUGCUCUCACAUAAACAGAAUCAUAUAGUAUUUUUCUGAUGAUUUGAGCCCCUUUGCUGGUAGCAAGUGCAGACUUGAGCUUGCUUUGCCAGUGAGCUCGGCUGUCUUGCUUGGUCCGUGAGCUUAGUGACUGGUUCGCUGGUCUGUUUCUAUUUUCUCUUGCAUGAUCUCUUGUAGACAUUUUUUCCCAUUUCAAAGACAAAAGGAAAAAUAUCCACAGCCAUCACCUAACUUGACUACAACAUCCAGAAAUCAGUGACUGCCUCCUCCUAGCCAGGAGACUGUUCUUUGCCCUGAGGCCAUGCAGCAACUUUGGGGUAGGCGUUCUGUCUCCUCCCCAAACUGUGGCUCUCAACCCUUGUGCACAUUCGGAUUUCCUAGAGCUCUGUAGUAAGUGAUCCUGCUGUCGUGUCCUUGUCUUCCAGAGGCAAACACAGUAGACUUGAGGACGUUUCCCAGGGUCCCUCGAAGAUGUUCAAGUGGUUCCCAGCAUAGUGGUUGAGCGCCAUCAUGCUAGUACAAGGCAGUGGUCUUGAUCCUGUCUGUCUAACAGGGGUCUUCUGGAGAGAUUUCUGAAAUUCCUGGGCCCUACUCCAUGAUAUUUCUGUGUGGUGUGUUUAUCUGGGAUGGGACCUGGGCUCCUGGGGUUUCAAGCUCUUUUGGUAUCCUGGACAUGCUGAAGGUGACCUAGGGACUCCACUUGGGGAAACCACUCUCCAGGAUGGUCCUUUGGUCUGUGGCUCUGAUC